UAUGUUGGUGGCUGCCUAUUGUUCAUUGUCAUUCAUUAUUGAAGAAAUUUUGUAUAUCGGUUUCACGGCAUAACUUUAUUGUUUAAUUCUUCUUUUCGGCUUUAUAGAAAACUUUUAUUAAUUGUCGAUAUGGCUGCAAUUAGUUUAUUAAACCCUAAAGCUGAAUUUGCUAGAGCAGCACAGGCCUUAGCUGUAAACAUAUCUGCUGCAAAAGGGAUCCAAGAUGUAAUGAAAACUAACCUAGGGCCGAAAGGCACAAUGAAAAUGUUAGUAUCUGGGGCUGGUGAUAUCAAAAUAACAAAAGACGGCAAUGUGUUAUUACAUGAGAUGCAAAUUCAACACCCUACUGCUUCGCUCAUAGCCCGCGCUUCCACAGCUCAGGAUGAUGCCACUGGUGAUGGCACUACAUCUACUGUAUUACUGAUUGGGGAGUUGUUGAAGCAAGCCGACAUUUACAUCAGUGAAGGUUUACAUCCCAGAAUAAUAACUGAAGGUUAUGAUGUAGCCAGAACCAAGGCUUUGCAAAUUUUGGAGUCCAUGAAAAUACCUAUUGAUGUUAAGCGUGUGAGUUUACUUGAUGUAGCCCGCACCUCCCUGAAGACCAAGGUACACCCAAGUUUAGCUAAUGUGCUUACCGAUGCAUGUGUGGAUGCAGUGCUUGCAAUCCGCAUUCCAGGUAACCCAGUUGACUUGCACAUGGUUGAGCUUAUGGAGAUGCAACACAAAACUUCCACAGAGACCACACUAAUUCGCGGUUUGGUGUUAGAUCAUGGUGGUCGCCACCCUGACAUGCCCAAGCGUGUUGAGAAUGCAUAUAUUCUUACUUGCAAUGUUUCUCUCGAGUAUGAGAAGACUGAAGUUAACUCUGGUUUCUUCUACAAGUCUGCUGAAGACAGGGAGAAGCUUAUUGCUGCGGAGAGGGAAUUUAUUGAUCAACGCGUUAAAAAGAUUAUUGCCUUGAAGAAGAAACUGUGCGACGGAACUAACAACACAUUUGUUGUUAUAAAUCAAAAGGGCAUUGACCCACUUUCUUUAGAUGCCUUCGCUAAAGAAGGCAUUAUGGGUCUGCGCCGCGCCAAGAGGCGUAAUAUGGAGCGCCUCGCAUUGGCCUGUGGCGGUAUUGCCAUGAAUUCAGUUGAAGAUCUUAACGAAGACUGCUUGGGAUAUGCUGGCCUGGUUUAUGAACAUAUACUUGGAGAAGACAAAUACACAUUUGUUGAACAGUGUAAGAACCCACUUUCUGUAACAAUCCUGAUUAAAGGCCCCAAUAAGCACACACUUACUCAAAUUAAGGAUGCUGUCCGUGACGGUCUCCGGGCGAUUAACAACGCAAUUGAAGACAGGUGUGUUAUUCCUGGUGCUGGCGCCUUUGAGAUCAAGGCCAAUAUGGAGCUGCAGAAAUACAAAGAUACUGUUAAAGGAAAAGCUCGCCUGGGUAUCCAGGCUUAUGCUGAAGCUUUGUUAGUUAUUCCCAAGACACUUUCUGUGAAUUCUGGUUAUGAUGCUCAGGAUACCAUUGUCAAACUUCAAGAAGAAGCUCGUUUAAGUCCUGUCCCAAUCGGUUUAGACUUGAGCACAGGCGAGGCAAUAAAGUCAACAGAUGUGGGAAUAAUCGACAAUUAUAUUGUGAAGAAACAGAUUAUUAAUUCUUGUUCUGUGAUAGCCAGCAAUCUCCUCCUUGUUGAUGAAAUUAUGAGAGCGGGCAUGAGCAGCCUCAAAGGAUAAUUACGCAACUUUAUCAGAUGCAUAAUAAGAUAACAAAAUGCUUUAUUUUUAAAAUAUAAUCUAAUAAUAUUUACUCUUUUAAUUUUAACAUUGCAACUUUGCAUUGUAAGUUCUUAUAUCUCUAUGUAUGUGCGAGAUAUCUACAGUAUAUUACACUUACUACAGUAAUUAGUUUAAACAAUAAAAAAGUAACUCCUAUAUACCAUUGUUU